ACUAUGCUUCAAAGCGUUCGUUUUUCAUGCAAAUCGCACGUGUCUUAUCCUCAGUGAAGCUCAUCGCAGAGAGGAUUAGAUUUUUCUUCGCUUUUAUCAACAUUUCCAAUAAAUUUGUUGUAGCAUGGCUGCCCCUGCAGAUAAUGUCAACCCCAAAGCUUACCCACUGGCUGACCCUCAGCUGUGUGCCAGCAUUCUGGACUUAGUGCAGCAAGCAGCCAACUACCACCAGCUCAGGAAAGGGGCUAAUGAAGCCACCAAGACCCUGAAUCGUGGCAUUGCUGAGUUUGUCGUCUUAGCUGCAGAUACGGAACCUCUUGAGAUUCUCCUUCAUCUCCCGCUGCUCUGUGAGGACAAGAAUGUCCCUUACGUCUUUGUCAGAUCAAAACAAGCAUUGGGUCGUGCCUGCGGUGUCUCGCGCCCCGUUAUUUCCUGUUCUGUCACCACCAAUGAGGGCUCUCAGCUGAAAUCUCAAAUCCAAACGAUCCGUCAAAACAUUGAGAGACUGCUUCUGUAAGGGGCUGGGACUGCAGUUUGCUUGUGCCAUUUUCCCAAACUUGACUACAAUGUUCAUCAUCAGAAAUACAGACCACUGUCACUUUUUUGGUUUAUUUUAGGGGUUCUGAGGGGCGGGGGUGUUUAUUUCUGGUCACUACCUGGUGACAUUCACUGAAGUUACACCUCAAAUAUUCCAAAAUCCAACAACUGGUUGUGAAGGAUAUUUGUGGAUAUCGUACCAUCAAGUCAUAGUCUUUGUAUCCAAUUUAUUUAAAGUGGAAAGAAUUUUCCAUGCACAAUGUACAGUGUUGGUUCCUGGUACUACCAGACUGAUAGAUUAAGAAAAAGUUUCCUCAAUACCCAGAGUGAGGCUUAAAAACUCCCAAUGUUAAACGCUGAAAGCUGAUAUUUUCCCCAAAAUGGCUUUUAUUGUAUACAGUAAAGACAAACCCAACUGUAGUGAUUGUGUCUUUUUAACAUUUAUUCCAACCCUAAUUUUCAAGCUCCUGCAGGGUAACUCCCAAUUCUAUUUCACUUAAGGAAGUGUUGGAUACUGAUCUAUCCACUGAAUGAUUUUCAAUGUUUUGCACAGUAAGGCCAGUUAAAAGGACCCUAUUUAAUCAAACUGUGGACACAAAUGAACUGAUCUAAAAGUCCACCACUGGGAAUCAUGAGCUAUUUGAAAACUUUGAUAAGAUGUGUUAAUUUUCAUGUUUAAUAUAUGGCCAGGUUUGUACAGAAAUGUAA